CCCCUUCUCACCUGGCUGACAGUGUCCACAAAAAGAAGCACACGCGCCCAACCUUCACGGGGCACCAGAUCUUUGCUCUGGAGAAGACUUUUGAGCAGACCAAGUACCUGGCGGGUCCAGAGAGAGCACGGCUGGCCUAUUCGCUUGGCAUGACUGAGUCCCAGGUGAAGGUCUGGUUCCAGAACCGACGGACCAAAUGGAGGAAGAAGAGCGCCCUGGAGCCCUCCUCGUCCUCACAGCGGGUGGGGGGCUCUGGUGGAGAGCGGGCAGCCUCCGAGACCGAGGACGACGAGUACAACAAGCCCCUGGACCCCGAUUCGGAUGAUGAGAAGAUCCGGCUGCUGCUGAGGAAGCACCGCGCAGCCUUCUCAGUGCUGGGCUUGGGCACGCACAGCGGCUGA